AUGUCUUAUGACUCGGAACAUUAUGAACCUAUGGGACUAAAAAAUAUAGUUUGUCAUUUUCCUAAUAAGGCACUCGAAAAAUGUUAUAAAUGCAAAAAAAGACAGAAUCUUACCUAUGGAUUUUGUCCCAGCUGUGAUUUCGAACCCUGGACCAGUGGUAAUCAGCUUGUUAACGAAUUCAUUAUAAAAAGGCAAACUCGUGUAGAAAAACAUGUCGCCCUUAAAAGACUCACUGGUUCAGAAAAUUAUCUGAAAGAAUUCCUUCGUGAGGUACGUCAAUCCAGAAACAAAGGAAUACCAGAAUGUGCUGAUAGAAAGUAUGGUUUUAAUCUUGCAACCGAAAUAAUUGGAGGCCUCCGCCUGAAGUUUACUGAAGAAACUCCAGAAAAAUGUCGUAAGAUUAUCAAUGCAUGCUGUGAUCUGAAACCUGAAAAAGCGACCAUCAAUGAAGGAGUUACGGCGGCAAUUUUGAUAUCGUACCGCCAAUAA